GUGUGGGUAAAAAUUAUGGGGGACUGGAAAAGAGAGCAGUGGCCCAGCCCUGGAUAUGGAGAGAAAGAGGGUGGGGGAGAGACAGAGGAAGAAAGAGAUUAUACAGUGUAAAACCAGAAGAUGCAGUUUUAGUAGUAGUGCGACGUGCAGAUCAGUAAGCUCCUUCACCGCUGGGGACCAACCGCCUUUUGUUUCUCCCCCUCUACUGCAGUGGGGGGGUGCAUUUAUCGUCUUGCCCAGGGGGAGAAGCCAAGAAGUAUCCUCCAAUCAGCCUUUAAUGAUUUCUCUCAUCUUGUGAGGCUGCUGACGGUGAUUUAUCACUGACCUGAGACUAGCGCUGCACUCUGCACAACACUCUAACCACCUGGAAUACUCGCCAUGGUUUUUAUUUCUUUUCUUACAAAUAAAUAUCCUCCUGUGGAUGUUUCAAAGGGAAAGACCAGAGGACAAAAGAAGGAUUAAAAUGGACUUACUGACUGAUGUUCUUGAAUUUCCUGCAGCACACUGAAGAUGGACUAACUUUGACACAAGCACAGGACAUAUAUUUUUACACCCACCACUCUAACAGAAAGGCUGCGUUUGUCACAGUGUGCCAUGCCAUAUUUUAUUCUGAAAGCAUGGCAGGCUGGGAAACAUCCUAAACACUCAACUGCAACAAUCAUGUAGGACUGACACUCAGGUAGAGGUAGAUGAUGAUGAUGAGCAGGAGGUGGAAAGACUGGGUGACAGUUGGAACCGGCUUGCCUGCUGAGCCUGUCUGGCACUUCACUAUAGGUUGAUUGGCCGUCUGCUCUCGAGAGUUCGACUAUCAGGUUGUUUCUCCCAAGUUAUCAUGCGGUUCAUUGAGUGUAUUUAGCUUUCCUCUGUGCUUGUGUGAGUGAGGAUGCCACUCGGUGUGUGUGUGUGUGGAGUUCGGGAUUACACAGCCUUUGGAAAGAAUACAGGUGUAGCAGAGCCUUGAAUAAAGAUUAGCAGCUGUAACACCUUGUCACUGGCAGCAGACAGCGCGAUGGUACUUUGAGACAAGACUUUCAAACUAUGACCUCUUGCUGGAGGAUUAAUGAUAACGCUCUGAGUAAUAUGAUGACACUUAAAGGGCAAAGGAGGAGACAGGAAUAUGGCAUAUUCUAAUUCUAGUUACCUUUGAAGGAGGCAGACUGAGGCUAAUCCUAAAGCAAACGGGAUUUUCAAUUCAUAUUUAAAUUCAGUGAGACAGUUUACAACAGCUUUAUUUGAAGAGUUAAAACUAAAGCAUCAGAAUUAGUAACAGUGCAGAGCAUGUCUGCAAAUUCAUAAAAAAAUAAGGUGCCUUUCUAAAUGAAUUAAUUGGAUAUGUAGGAUGAACAUUGGUGGUACUUGUCAUAAAGAACCUUGAGCUCAACAACGACCCACCCAGCACAAAAUCCAGCUGAUCAAUGAAUCAGUUUUGUAUUGAUUUUCCAACACAGACAGGAUAGGAGGUGUCAGUAAUUAUAAUAAAUCAGUGGGUCCAACCCAUGAGAGUAUGGUAUAGCUGAAUAUAAGUGGUUUGAUACUGGUCAUGACUUCUGACAACAGAUCAGAUAAAUGCUGCGAUUUGCUGUAACAAUCUGCAAACUUUACAGUUUCUGUAUGUUUUAUUUGCUUGUAUUGUUUGGAGAAGCUUUAUGAAAAAUGACAGUUUUGCUGAUAGUUAUAGGAAAAUUGGCUCUCCCUCCGUGCAGUAAAGCGUGUAGUUGAAAGAAUCGUGUCUUGUUUCCUGUCUUGAUGUGUCUGUAGGUGUGCUUGUCUUUAGGUUGUUGUCUGUGGCACGCAGCUUAUCUUAGCUGCACAGCAAGGGCUUAGAGAUCCAGGCUACUGGCAUAACGGGCACCACCCAACCUGCCCCACCUCCCUACUCGGUGCAUUUCAAUAGAUUUAAAUUAUGAAAUUACUUUAAACACGCAUUGAUCGUUAAGUGGAGGAUCAGAAUAGGUAAAGAGGGUUCUAAAAAAGGUACUGAAGAGGCUAAAUUAUCUCAGCAGCCACACUCAGCAGUCCUGGAAAGAGAGAAAGAGUGUAGUAUGUGGGAAGCUCCAAGUGGCAGCGAUGAUAGCAGAAGGAAAAAAACAAAACUGAGGCAAAUUCUUUGAUAGCUGCAUUGUUGGCAUCUAACGGGCUCAAAGAGCAUUUUUGAAAACGUGCUUUUUGGAAGUUUAGUUCUUUGAGUGAAAAAGACUCAGGAACAGCGUGGGAGAGUUCAGCGAGAGUUCUUCUGGGAAAACUUUGUCUUUUAGUGCAGUUUUUCAAACUAAAAAGCCACUGUAGCAAUUUACAGCAAGCUUUCCGUGUGAUUAUUUUUGAAAAGUUACUGGAUAAGCACAACAUUUUAUGCCUGAUCUAUUGAAUGACACACAAACCAGCAGGACUCUUGAAGCACAUCUUUUCCACAGAUCCAGUCAAAAAUCCUUCCUGAUCUACAACAAGCACACAAACUUAAACAAGACACAUUUCUGCUUGCCAUGGAAACAGAAACUAGCACGUGGGCUCGCUGCUCUGAAACUAUCUCCACGUUUAAAUUUACUCUGGAUUACAACACUUGAGCUGCAAACAGCACAGAAGAGAAGCGAACAGUGACACAGCCAAUUAAACUGUGUUCUUCCCAGCCAGGGAUGUGUUGUGUGUUACUCUGAGGACUAGUUGUAUGCUACAACCCUGCGAAUGAGGGUGGGGCUCUCCCACUGCCAUAGACAAAGACCGCACAAAGAAUCCUGGAGUGAGCGUUGGUCAUCUGGGGCAGUUGUGGGACCUGCGCAGCCACGAUGGGGUGCAACAUGUGUGUGGUCCAAAAACCUGAGGAACAAUACAGGGUCAUGUUCCAGAAGGGUCACAUAAGCAACAUGCUGUGCUCUUUUGAUGCUGAUGGUCGAUUGAAGGUGAAUGGGAAGGAGUUGACGCGUCUGUCGGGGGAUCCCACCCUGGACAUACGGGACCCUGUGCUAUCCAGCAUACUGAGGAGGGGGGCCCGCAGACGGGCGGGCUUAGCAGGAGCUCCUGGAGGCCAAGUGCCAGUGACCAUGGGCAUGGCCGACUGUGUGGACAGCUGCACCCAAACAGACAUCAGCUUCCAGCAUAUGUUGACUCUGGGCAAGAGCAGCCAGCAUCCCUGUGGAGCUCCACCCCCACCCGACCCUCCACCAUCCCCUCCUCUGCCUCCACUCCUGGAACCAUAUCUACUCAAUGAACUCUUUAUAGAGCCUGUGUACUAUGACCCCACAGACUACUUCGACAUCAACCAGCAUGAAGUGGACAGGCAGGAUGAGCUGGAAUAUGAGGAGGUGGAGUUGUACAAGUCUCGACAGCAGGAUAAACUGGGUCUGACAGUGUGUUACAGAACUGAUGAGGAGGAGGACCUCGGGAUCUAUGUAGGCGAGGUGAACCCCAACAGUAUAGCUGCAAUGGAUGGUCGUAUCCGCAAAGGGGAUCGAAUACUACAGAUAAAUGGAGUGGACAUCCAGAACAGAGAGGAGGCGGUGGCUAUUCUCACCCGAGAGGACAGCACUAAUGUAUCUCUGCUUCUCGCACGACCCGAGAUAGAGAAUGACAACCAGCUGGACCCAGAUGAGCUGGAGCUGGAGCCAUUAGACAAUGCUGUCCACCUGGCCAGCUGUCAUAGUGUGAAGAACAGCCCUUCUGUUCUGGGUGCAGGACCUGGAGGCUUUGCUGGUGUUCUACCCAGCCACAGUCAUUCACUGAGCAGGGAUUCCCCCAGUUUGCUUCAGACAGUGCUGAGCAACAGCCAGGAGCUGGACAGUGGGGUGGGUCGUACAGAUGAAAGCACACGCUACGAGGAGUCUUCAGAGCAUGACCUUCUGGGAGACGACCACACUAGUGCCUCCAAUACGAAUGCAACCAACACACCAGGCAGCAUGCGCAAAUUUUUCUCCAGCCGAGGGGAAACUCCACCCUUGCUGCAUUCCCAGGACCUCCAGUUUAGCACGGACUCCCUUUUAGGUCUGGAAUCUGUUAAUGGAGGCGGCUUGGAACAGGGGGAACGUUUGGAAAGGCCCUACAAGGCAGAUCCUGUGAGGAUGAUGAUGCCUGGGCUGACUGAGGAGGAGUGUGAGAGAUACAAAGAGCUGCUGGAAAUCAAGUGUUACUAUGAAAAGAACAGUAAUGCUCUAACGUUACUGGGAGGUCAGGGGCCAGCACAAGAGGAAGGGGGUGUCUCACUGGAUGUGAACAGGAAUGAAAGUCUGACACAGCAUGAGAUGGCUCUCCUAGAAGAGGAACUGCGCCACUUGGAAUUCAAGUGUCGCAACAUCCUGAGGGCACAGAAAAUGCAGCAGCUGAGGGAGCGAUGCCUGAAGGCUUGGCCUCUAGAGGAAAAGAAUGGGGCAAGUGUAGGGGCUGGAGCAGGAGCUGGACGCUUGGACAUUAAUGGUACUUUGGUCAGCGAGGAAUCCUGUCACCAUGCUCUUUCAGAUAUCAACGAGCUUCCCGAGAGGGAGCGCUCAGAUAAAGAUAGCACGAGUGCCUACAACACUGGAGGGGAAAGUUGCAGGAGUACCCCUCUUGUCAAUGAACAGUACCCUUCACAUUCCACACAGAGUCUGGAGGGAGGAGAGUGUCUUCACUCAGCAGGUAUGCAGAGUCCAGCGUCCACUCGGCAGAGAGAGAGAGGAACCAGAGGGGACGGAAUACAAGCAAACUUGAACCAACCCUAUUCUCCCCACGCUCACAGGCGAGGGGCUGAGGCAAAGACUUCCAGCCCUGGUGCAAAGGUUAGGUCCCUGUCCAGAGACGGGGGAACCAGGAGGGGCUCAGAUGGAGGAGUGAGACGUAAUCCCAAAGCUAACGGAGUGGCUGACAGGGGUGGUGGACGCAGUGCAGAAAACAGCCCUUAUUUGUCUCGCCGUCAGACUGAAACACAGCCGCCUCAACGCUACCUGAGCUGCAUGCAGCUGAGGUCCCCCUCCACCUCUGAGCAGCUGGGUGGACUAAGAAAUGCUCCCAAAGAGGGCAUCAUAGAUAAUGGUGGCGAUGAAAGCCCAAUGAGCCUGGGUAGCACAUGCAAAGAUGUUGCCCAGGUCCCAGGUGCUGCAUCCUUACCCCUGUCUCCUCCACUGCUGCCUGCCUCCCCUCGAAUGGAGUGGAAGGUGAAGAUUCGCAGCGAUGGCACGCGCUACGUGGCCAAGCGGCCUGUGAGGGAUCGCCUCCUGAAGGCACGCGCCAUGAAGAUCAGAGAAGAGCGCAGCGGCAUGACAACAGACGACGACGCUGUAAGUGAAAUGAAAAUGGGACGUUAUUGGAGCAAAGAGGAACGCAAGCAGCAGCUGCUGAAGGCCCGAGAGCAGCGGCGGCGCAGAGAGUUCAUGAUGCAGAGCCGCCUCGACUGUCUGAGAGAGCGUGAGAGGGAGCAGGGAAGCAGCGGAGGAGGACAGCAGGGAACCGAACAACAGCAAGAACCAACUUCCAUCCUGGAGUUGUGUCACCGCAGGAGCAUGAAGAAGCGGAGUCGCAAAAUCCUGGACAAUUGGAUCACUAUACAGGAGCUACUGGCUCAUGGAACCAGGUCUGCGGAUGGGAAGAAAGUCUACAACCCCCUGCUGUCUGUCACCACAGUCUGAGAAAAUAAAUGAUUAGAGAGUGAGGGCAGAGAGUUAGGAAUAUAAGAAAGUGCCAAAGUGUUUUACUUUCAGGAUGAGCAGCUUCAGUAAACCAUGGCACAAAUGUUAAUCUGCAGAGAUGCAGCAACUCAAAUUCAUGAUGGUAAAUGACUGUAAUGAUUACAAAACCUUAGACCUGAGUUCAAAAUCCAAAAGGAAAACUGUCACGUUCUGUGUCUAGAAAAACACGCAGUAAAAAUGUUGUCGAAAUGAUCAUUCAUUGAAGAAAUGAACUCGAAGCCCACAAAUGCAAUGCAUUUUAAAUACACUGUAGCAGACCUAUAGACCUAAAGACACAGAAUUAAGUAAACAAAACGAUGUCUGCUGUCAGGGAUUGAACCACCUGCUGUUUAACAACUAGAAACUAUUUUAUGAUCGAAAGAAUGCAGAAAAAUCAAAAGUGAAGCCAAGAGCCAUGCAGCUGUGAAAUAAGAUGAGUUAAAGUCACUUCUGUGCCAUAAAACUGAACAUUUAGUGUCCACAGAGGACUUCUCAUUAAGCACACCUUCAAAAGAACAUUUUGUGCCAGUUUAUGUCGUUACAAUUUCCUACAUUCUUGAAGUGUUCAUGUACAAAUGCCUCUUUGUUUGUGUCAUAAGAAAGCCAACAUCUUCAGCUGAUCACAGAUGCUUCUUGGUCAUGAGGAGCUGAGCGGUGCCUUCCUUUCGGGCAGACUUGACUGUAUAUAGCACAUUUUUCAAUGAUACAAAAAAAAAAAAUCUAGAGGAAAAAAUAAACGGUGAUGCACAAAGCAGCCUAAUUACCAUUUUUCCAAAAAGAAACACUGUAUCAUAAAAGCACAUUAAUCAUUUGAUAGCGUUUCAUGCAAAACUAGACCAAUACAUUUUGGUUAGUAUGCAGUCUAGUUUAUCUUAAUGCUGACUGUGAUCAAGGCUAUUGCAAUGCAAAAUAAAGUUGGAAAAAAAAAAUCCUGUUAAUUUGGUCUACUUGAAUUGCAAUCAUAGCCAAGGAUGGGACGACUAAUUUCCUAACUUAUGUAAACUAAAGCUAAUUUUUCAUCUGGCUUAUAUGCAUGUUUGAUAUUAAGACCGAAAUGUUCUUUUUUCAUGUUCUUUAAAAUUGAAGGCCUUUAACAUAAUGUAAUUGUGGAUGUGUCUUUCUAUGACUUUGCUCAAAAUCCUAGCAUAGAAAAAAGAAAACAUGGUGUACUCGUCUGUUCAAUAUUGUGAAAUCCAGUGUCUGUCAUUUUACAGUGAAAGCUUUUCUAAAUAAAUGCUGUGAUCA